AGAGCAGCACCGGCACCGCAGCUCUGCCCGCGCCGCCGAGGCGGCACCUGGAGCUCCCGGAGCAGAACCAGCCCCGCGGGGGCGGGGGGGGAAAUCCUACCCACCCCUUCACCUCCGCCGGGCGGGGCAGGCCGGGCCGGGAACUGGAGAAGCAGCGACACUGCGUCCUCAGGGCGGACCAGCAUUCGCUGCCCGGCCGAGGCGAGCGCCGGCGGGGCUGCGCCUUUAAGGGGCUGGGGGAGGCGGCGGCGGGCGGGCUCCUGCGCGCCGGGGUCGCCCCUCCCGCCGUCCUUCUUUCCUUCCCCCGCCAGCCAGGCGGGCGGUGGACAGUGCCCGCGGGCCGCCGCCGGAGUGAGACGGGGCGCCGCGACAUCCCGGCUCCCGCAGCCAUGGCCGAGUCCCUGCGCCGCCGGCUCCCGCUGCUCCCGCUGCUCCUGCUGGCAGCCGGGGGGCUGCGAGCGGCGGAGCGGAGCGGCGGCAGCAGCAGCAGCGCCAUGGAGGAGCUCGCCACCGAGAAGGAGGCGGAGGAGAGCCACCGGCAGGACAGCGUGAGCCUGCUCACCUUCAUCCUGCUCCUCACCCUCACCAUCCUCACCAUCUGGCUCUUCAAGCACCGCCGCGUCCGCUUCCUCCACGAGACCGGCCUGGCCAUGAUCUACGGACUCAUAGUUGGGGUGAUCUUGAGAUACGGGACUCCCUCCACAAGUGGCCAUGACAAACCAUUCAGCUGCUCGCAGGAGGACAGGCCCUUCACCACCCUGCUGGUCAAUGUCAGCGGCAAGUUCUUUGAGUAUACGCUCAAAGGGGAAAUAAGCCCUGGGAAGAUCCACAACGUGGAGCAAAAUGACAUGUUGAGGAAGGUAACAUUUGACCCAGAAGUUUUUUUCAACAUUCUAUUGCCUCCUAUAAUUUUUCAUGCUGGUUAUAGCCUGAAGAAAAGACACUUCUUCAGGAAUUUGGGGUCCAUUUUGGCUUACGCCUUUUUAGGAACAGCAGUCUCUUGUUUUAUUAUUGGGAAUCUCAUGUAUGGGGUUGUGAAACUUAUGAAGUUGGUGGGUCAGCUGUCUGAUAAAUUCUAUUACACAGACUGCCUCCUCUUUGGAGCCAUAAUAUCUGCCACUGAUCCAGUUACCGUGCUAGCAAUAUUUAAUGAGCUGCAUGCUGAUGUUGAUCUCUAUGCCCUUCUGUUUGGAGAGAGCGUGUUGAAUGAUGCUGUUGCCAUUGUAUUAUCCUCAUCUAUAGUUGCCUACCAGCCAACAGGUGAAAAUACCCAUGCUUUUGAUGCUGCAGCAUUUUUCAAGUCUGUUGGUGUUUUCCUGGGAAUAUUCAGUGGUUCUUUCAUGAUGGGAGCAGUGACAGGGGUUGUGACAGCUCUGGUGACAAAGUUUACCAAGUUGCACUGCUUCCCCCUGCUGGAAACGGCUCUCUUCUUCUUGAUGUCCUGGAGCACUUUCUUGCUUGCCGAAGCUUGUGGAUUUACUGGUGUGGUGGCUGUCCUCUUCUGUGGAAUUACCCAGGCACAUUAUACAUACAAUAACUUGUCAGUUGAAUCAAGAAGUCGCACUAAGCAGCUCUUUGAGGUAUUGCACUUCCUGGCUGAGAACUUCAUAUUUUCUUACAUGGGCUUGGCACUGUUUACUUUCCAGAAGCACAUAUUCAGCCCAGUUUUCAUUAUUGGAGCUUUUGUUGCAAUCUUUUUGGGCAGAGCUGCACACAUCUACCCCCUCUCCUUCUUGUUGAAUUUGGGCAGAAGGCAUAAGAUCAGCUGGAGCUUUCAGCACAUGAUGAUGUUUUCAGGUCUCAGGGGAGCCAUGGCAUUUGCUCUGGCUAUACGAGAUACUGCUACCUACUCACACCAAAUGAUGUUCUCAACAACUCUGCUCAUCGUGUUUUUCACUGUGUGGAUUGUUGGUGGAGGUACAACCCCCAUGCUGUCAUGGCUGAACAUCAGGGUUGGGGUUGACCCAGAUCAGGAUCCUCCACCUACUAAUGACAGCUUUCAAGUCUUACAAGGAGAUGGCCAAGAUUCUGCGCAAAGGAACAGGACGAAGCAGGAAAGUGCUUGGCUUUUCAGGCUGUGGUAUAGCUUUGACCACAAUUAUUUAAAGCCAAUUCUCACUCACAGUGGCCCUCCGUUGACCACAACGCUACCCAGCUGGUGUGGCCUGAUAGCCCACUGUCUGACAAGUCCCCAGGUUUAUGAUAAUCAGGAACAGCUUAGAGAAGAGGAUUCUGAUUUUAUUCUGAAUGAUGGUGACCUUACCGUGACAUAUGGUGAUACAACAAUAACUGCAAAUGGUUCUUCUGGGCCCCAUACAGCUACCACUAACCUUGAUAGCAGGAGAACAAAAAGUAGUUCAGAGGAAGCACUGGAACGUGAUUUGGGAGCAGCAGAUCAUGAAGUUACAAGCAGGGGUACCCGGCUAGUAUUUCCUCUGGAAUACAAUGCAUGAUUACUGACUCAGUAAAAAUAACUCUUGCUCUGUGAAUGGAUCAAGGAAGACUGCAGGCCACUGUGUCACUUGAGGUGGGGGUGUUUAUUUAAACAAGUUAACAUGCAUAAGUGGUUUUACUAGGGUCUGAAGAUGUCACCUAUUUUUUACUCAAGAUGCUGACAGUGGGGUUUUCUAUAUGUCUGAAAAUAGACAAAUGAGAAAACUGGUUAUUCUCCUCUUUCCAACUGCUUAUCAAAUCCAAGUAUAACUAGCAUGCUGCAAUUGUCUUGUUCAGCUGCAGCAGCUCUCUCUCUGAAGAGAGGUACAUGAAAACAUUGUCAUAGAACUGAGCUUGUCUUGGCUUAGCUUGAGAAUGUGAAAGGACAACUAUAAACUUGAUAAUAAUUAAGAGACAAAGACGAUUGUGUGUGUAUCUGAAUGUGGAGAGAUCCAUUGUUAACUUCUCUUGUGAGGCUGAGGAAACUCAAGUGAAAUGAGACAGUAAACAUUGGGACUACAGAUGCAUGAAUGAAAAACUGGGGAAUCUGUUACGGCAAACUGUACUUAAUCUAUUUCAGGGAAAAAAAAGGGAAAAGAAGAUUUCUUCACUGGCCAGCUGUUUAAAUAGGAAGGCAAUGAGAGCUACUUGUCCCUUGAGCUUUGGGCAACUUGACUAUUACUCUUAGCCUAACUUCUAGUGCCUCAAAAGAAAAACAUCCAGCUUCCUGUGGUCUAAGAUGUACCUGAAGCCGACAUGAGCCUGGAGCCAGGCUCUCUCGGGUAGCAGUGACGAAGUAAAACUUUCUUGCAUAUGAAGAUAUUUGGAAACUUGGGCUGGGGAAAACAGCAGAUAGGAGAAGGGGAGAAAAAAAGAGAGAGACAGAGGCAGUAUUGAACUUGCAUGGAACCAAGAGGUUUCAUAUUGCUCAGAAGAAUCCAUGGACUCUGCUUACAGUUCUUGUGUGUGAUAAACAGCAAACAUCAAAUUCAACAAACAAAUACUACUGUUUUUACCAUUUGUGACCAUCCUAAAAGAAAGCUGUUUACCCUUGUUCUCUUUCGCAGAGUAGAUGUGAAACUUCAGUGGGGCAUUGCACAACAGCACAUAAGCUACAGAAGUGAUGAACUGUAGUAUCAUCCUAAAUGUGAAAAGGGAAAAAUCUCUGACUAGUUUUUAGCCCACUUACACGUAGGCUAGCUUUAACUUAUUGCUAAAUGCUUUUUAAUUUCCAGAUGAGAAGAUAAUCAUUGUCUUUGCCAAUAGCUGAAAAUGUAUGCUUUGAAGAGCCUUUCAGCUAUUUAAAGCAUGCUAAAAUGUGAUUUCAUUCUCAUGUCUCAAAAGAUUUAUUUUUGUAAAGACUUCUGUGGCCCACUAAUGUGAUGUAAUAUCAGUUUGUCCAAAAAGUGUGUUUUUCUUGCUGCCAUUUCAGUUGUUCCUCUCAUAAAAUUAUGUGUGAGUAAAUACCCACUCUGUUUUUCCUUAACUAUUAAACUUAUUGGGCUAACCUCAGUACAAGAA